UCGGUGAUUCGUAAUCCCAUACGCCCUGCCGCCCUGCUCCGACCUUCGCGUCCCCCUGGCGACUUCCCCUUUGCUCCUUGCCCACCGGCUCAGCUCGCACGCCGUCCCACGCGCUCCCCCUCCUCCUCGGCUAGCGCUACUCCGCCUCCGUAACCACCGUCGACCCGCCCCCCUAGCGGAUUGGAGCAGAGAUCCAUUAGGAACCUCGUCGGUUGGGGAAGAAGACCCGCCCCGCCGGAGAUGGCAACGGGACCUCCUCGCCGGGCUAGGGGAGACGUAAGUAUCGAGUCCCUGGCGCGGCCGGUAGCUGUCGACCACCGCAUCAGCAUCCAGUACUACUUCCGCAUCGCUGACAACCUCCUCCGCCAGGCUGAUGUGUAUCGGGAGGAGAAUAACCUUCUGGACCUGUACAUCAUCCUCCUAAGAUAUUCGAGCUUGUUGCUUGAAACGAUACCCAAGCAUCACGAUUACAAUGCAUUUAAGGCGAGAGAAAAGGAAUUCCUGAAGAAAGGUCCCCACAACUCUCAGAAACUUCGUAGUGUUCUCAAUGAGCUAGAAUCCCUCAAGCCAGUUGUUCAGCAACAAUUUUCCAACCGUAAUUGCGGGGGUGCAGAGGAACCUAACGGUGUAAAUGGAACCUAUGCUGCAAGUAGUGGGAUGGAGCAGUAUAUCCCAAGCCCAUAUAUGCCAAAGUCAUUGGCUGGAGGCCCUACUGGACUACUGCAGAAAUCGUUCUCUAGUUCAAAGCAUCAAACAACAUCAUUGCAGAAUGUUCAACCUGAGAGGCAACUAAUCAAACCAUAUUCCACUUUGCCUUAUCCAAAAGAGGAAACACUAUCAAGACACUCGAUACUAGGACCAAAUGGGCUUCAUGGCCAAUGGGCAGGCCCUGUUACUGGUAUCAGGAUUGAGUAUCCACGUAAUCCUGAAUUAACCCAAACUGAUAUCUCAAGUUUAGUGCCAUCAAUCUUAAACCAGGACAGCUUGCACGGUCCCAUUACAGUAUCGCAGGACAAAAAUGAUGAUAUGCUGUCUGUUCUCUCACUUGAUGAUGGCAGAUGGUCUUUACCAGUAGAAGAACCAGCCUCAGUGUCUCCUGGUUUGGAAGCAGAGUUUUCCCAGCUGAAUAUUAGACAACCUUCUCCCUUUCCUGUCCUAGCUCAGGUGCAUUCUGAACGUGGACCAAUUCCUCCAUCAAGAGUUGCUGAUCCAAGACCAGGACUUGCUAUCUCUGACACCGGAUGCUAUCAGAAUUUGCAUGUGCCAGUGGCAUUAAUGGAGUGCUUCCUAAGGGUUGCUGAGGCAAAUACCACAAAAAAUUUGGAAACCUGUGGGAUUCUCGCUGGUUCCCUGAAAAAACGAACUUUUUAUGUGACGACACUGAUAAUUCCUAAGCAGAAAUCAACAUCAGAUUCAUGUCAGGCUACAAAUGAAGAAGAAAUUUUUGAAGUUCAGGAUAAGGGCUCACUUUUAUCUCUUGGUUGGAUUCAUGUAAGUCCAACACUUGGUUUAACCUGCUUCCUAUCUUCCAUUGAUCUUCAUAAUCAUUAUGCGUAUCAGAUCAUGCUACCUGAAGCAAUUGCCAUUGUUAUGGCACCAACUGACACAACAAGAAAGCACGGCAUAUUUCAUCUCACGGAUCCAUGUGGCUUGGGUGUAAUCCAUGAUUGUGAUGCUACUGGAUUCCAUCCUCAUGAGGAGCCCCAAGAUGGUACGCCAAUCUACGAACAUUGCUCCCAUGUGUACAUGAACCCGAAUGUUAAGUUUGAGAUGGUCGACCUCCGUGAAGUGUGAGAAGCCAUGGUUCCCUUUUGGCAUAAAUCGUCAGUUAUACUUCUACUGAACCACAAAGUUUAUUCACUUUUACUGAUGCUAAAAGAAUAUUGAGUACAGACGACUUUUUCAAAUCCAAGACCCACAGCAGUUUGUACGUAGCUACUUUUUCCCAUUUUUAUGUACAGAAUUUUUGUAUUGAAUGGAGGCUUCGUUUAUAUCGGGUAAGUGACAUCAAUCUAGGCACCAUGGCAUGUUGGGAGAGCUCUUAGCUUCGUUUUAUGCUAUUUUAACUGUUAUUUUAUCUUUUAUUUAUUACUUACCUUUUCUUUUUCUUUAUAA